AACUGUCCCAGCUACUCAAUGAGAUCAGGGCAAACUAUGAAAAGAUCCUCACCAGAAAUCAGAUAGAGACGGUGCUCUCAACAAGGAUCCAGGUAAUGAUUUCAUACAGACAGGCACCUUCCAGAAUAAGGAGACAGUCCAUGUCUACCCAAUUCCUGUCCCGGCCUCUCUGAGCUAGAAGAAGACAUAAGCAAAAAAAUGGACAAAGAUGAAGAGGCUUUGAAGGCAGCUCAAGCAGAACUCAAGGAGGCCCGACGCCAGUGGCACCACCUGCAAGUGGAAAUUGAAUCUCUCCAUGCUGUGGAAAGGGGCCUUGAAAACUCCCUACAUGCCAGCGAGCAGCAUUACCAGAUGCAGCUGCAAGACCUAGAGGCUGUGAUUGAAGGACUAGAAAAAGAGCUACAGGAAGUAAGGCGCGGCAUCGAAAAGCAGCUUCAAGAGCAUGAGAUGCUUCUCAACACGAAGAUGAGGCUGGAACAAGAAAUAGCAACUUAUCGCCGCCUCCUAGAAAAAGAAGAAAUCAGAUAUUAUGGUUGUAUCCAAGGUGGGAAAAAAGACAAAAAGCCUACCACAAGUAGAGUUGGUUUUGUUUUACCAUCAGCCAUUAUAAAUGAAAUAUCUUUUACUACAAAAGUCCCACAAAAGUAUGAGAAUGAAAACGUAGAAACAGUAACCAAACAGGCAAUCUUAAAUGGGAGUAUCGUUAAGGAGAGCACUGAAGCUCAUGGCACUAUUCAGACAGAGAAAGUGGAUGAAGUUAUUAAAGAAUGGGAAGGUUCUUUCUUUAAAGAUAACCCUCGAUUGAGGAAAAAAUCUGUUUCUCUUCGAUUUGAUCUUCAUUUAGCAGCCACUGAUGAAGGAUGUUUAGAGACUAAGCAGGAUAAUCUACCAGAUAUAGAAGUCAGGCUUAUCAUGAGAAGAUCAUGCAGUAUUCCCUCUAUCAAACCUCCAUCAACAGCUAAUUAAUCCAAAGAUAGUA